UAUUGUUGAUGAGGAGGAGCAGCGGCGGUGGCGGCUGCACCAUCUCGUUGCUGCUGGCCGUGGCCUGGGCACCUCCCGCACCCCGGAUUCUGGUUUCGUCACCCCAUCGCGGGGGCCUUCCCUCCGGCUUCGAGAAUCCUUCCCCCGCAACCCAACAACAACAAAACCCCACGUCUCGCCCAGUCACCGGGGAGGGGGGGACUAUGUCCCAGCGGGUGAGGCGCAAUGGGUCCCCCACGCCGGCCGGCUCCCUUGGGGGCGGUGCGGUCACCACGGCCGGGGGAUCUGGGAGCCGCCUGCAGCCCAUGAGGGCGACGGUUCCGUUCCAGCUGAAGCAGCAGCAGCAGCAACAUGGCAGCCCCACGAGGAGCAACGGCGGCGGCGGCGGCGGCAACAACAACGGCGGCUGCUGUGGUGGCGCCUCAGGCCCCUCGGGCGGCGGCGGCAGCUCCGGCGGCGGGGCCCCGCGCACCGCCUCGCGCAGCACAAGCCCCACGCGGGGCGGUGGGAGUGCGGCCGCGCGCACCAGCCCCACCGUGGCCACGCAGACGGGCGCGUCCGCGACGUCCACGAGAGGCACCAGCCCCACGCGCGGCGCCGCGCCCGGGGCUCGCGGGAGCCCCCCACGACCGCAGCCCCCGCCGCCGCUGCUGGGCACCGUGUCGUCGCCUUGCUCGUCGCCCACCCACCUGUGGACAGGCGAAGUAAGCGCGGCCCCACCCCCAGCCCGCGUUCGGCACCGGAGGAGGUCCCCGGAGCAGAGCCGAAGCUCCCCGGAGAGGAGGAGCCCUAGCGCCCCGGUUUGCAAAGCAGGUGACAAAACGAGACCGCCUUCCUCCAGCCCCUCUAGCAUCAUCCGCCGCACCUCCUCCCUGGAUACACUUGCUGCUCCCUACCUUGCAGGGCACUGGCCUCGUGAUGGUCAUGGGCAAGCUGCUCCUUGCAUGAAGGACAAGGCUACACAGACAGAGAGUGCGUGGGCUGAAGAAUAUUCUGAAAAGAAGAAGGGCUCUCACAAGCGGUCAGCAUCCUGGGGCAGCACAGAUCAACUUAAGGAGAUUGCAAAAUUACGCCAGCAGUUGCAGAGAAGUAAACACAGCAGUCGGCAUCAUCGAGAUAAAGAAAGACAGUCUCCAUUUCAUGGCAACCAUGCAGCUAUUAACCAGUGUCAGGCUCCUGUUCCAAAGAGUGCACUUAUUCCAGUAAUUCCCAUCACCAAAUCAACAGGCUCCCGAUUCCGGAAUAGUGUGGAAGGAUUGAAUCAGGAGAUCGAAAUAAUAAUUAAAGAGACAGGGGAAAAGGAAGAACAACUUAUACCGCAAGACAUUCCGGAUGGCCAUCGUGCGCCUCCACCCCUCGUGCAGAGAAGCAGCAGCACACGCAGCAUCGACACACAGACCCCCGGCGGGGCAGAGCGGGGAAGCAACAACAGCAGCCGCUCUCAGUCUGUGUCCCCCACGUCCUUUCUCACCAUCUCCAACGAGGGGAGCGAAGAGAGCCCUUGUUCAGCCGAUGACCUGCUCGUUGAUCCCAGGGAUAAAGAGAAUGGGAACAACUCUCCUUUGCCCAAAUAUGCAACCUCACCAAAACCUAACAACAGCUAUAUGUUCAAAAGGGAACCUCCUGAGGGCUGUGAAAGGGUCAAAGUCUUUGAGGAAUGCUCGCCAAAACAACUUCAUGAAAUCCCAGCCUUUUACUGUCCUGACAAAAACAAGGUGAAUUUCAUUCCUAAAAGCGGCUCUGCUUUCUGCCUCGUCAGCAUCCUUAAGCCACUCCUCCCCACGCCAGAUCUUACCCUCAAGGGCUCCGGCCACAGUCUGACAGUCACCACUGGCAUGACGACCACUCUGCUGCAGCCUAUCGCCGUGGCCUCCCUGUCUACAAACACAGAGCAAGACCGAGUCUCUCGAGGAACGAGUACAGUCCUUCCACCGGCCUCUCUCCUCCCACCACCAGAACCCAUUGAGGAAGCUGAAGGGUAGGUCCCAGUGCUGCGUGGCCAUUGUUCCAGGCACCCGAGAACCUCCUCGAUCCCUUGGCAGUGACGGCAUCGUGCGCUCCCCGUUGGCUGUGAUGUGCUCCAGCUUUUCCACAGUGACGUCACAGUGCAGCUUCUGGCAGAGAGCAGCCCCUGAUGGCUCUGCUCCCUCGUGAAGGCCGGCCCUCAGCGCUUAGCCUGCUUUUCCUUAAAGCACCGGUUGAAACAAGAAAAGGUCUCAUUGUUUCCUUUUGGAGGGCCGAGAUCACAUUGUUUUUUUUGUUUUCAAAUUAGACUUCUUUGAAAAAAAAAACAAACAACUGAUCCCUGCAAACAUGAUUCCUGAAGGGAGACGUGAAUGAUGCUGCAAGAACCAUCUUUUAUAUGAAAAUGACUAUUUUAUAAUACCAAUGUUACAUUUUCUGAAACGUAGCAAACAGGAUGUUCAAAAGAGUCUUUGGUGGCCUCUGUUUCUUGUUUCCCUUUCUAGAUGUGUGCUUUUCUCAGCUGUUUUCAGCUUUGGGACCAAAGGGAUUGUUGACAUUUCCCCAGCAAUCUUAAUCUCAUGACUGUGUUCUUCUCCCAAACAAGAAUUGAUAGGUAAAUGCAUUGAACAAGUCUAUAUAUAUAAAAAGAUAAAAAGCAAUAUUAGUACAUUAUGUGAUUUAUGUUUUUUGAUGUCAGAAGUUUGUGCUUUCGGUGAAAUAUUUGUAAAACUGCUGUUUUCUUCACUAAUCCUGUACACAUUUCACCAUGUGGUCAGAAAAAUUACAGUCUGGAGACAAGUGCUUUAAUCUGUUCUUACCCAUCUUUGGAACUGGGUUUAAAAGUCAGUGAGCCAAAAGGAAACUAACUGCCCAGUGUUGACUGCUGGCUAGGAGUAAGGAGCCCCUUGGGUUUUCUGAGCGAUAUUUAUCUCAUGAGCUCCCUCCUUUACCACAGGUGUCAUUCUACCUUUACUCAUCACUGUAUCAUAGUCCCAAGAGAUCCUAAAAUGGCUGUGCAUGGAUUUCCUCCUUUGCUUUUGUGAUGUUGUUGUCUCGUGGAUUUGGUCAGGGUUAGUAGUUUGCCAGGAGUGUGAUCCAUUGAAUAGCAGUCCGUAGUCACAGAAUCUUGCGACUGACAUUUUCUUUUUGGUGACUGGCGCUGAGAUUUGUUGCCUACAGAUUUUGCUGGUUUUUCCCUCUGACAUUCCACACACUGGGGAAAGCAGGCAAGGAUAAACAACAGGAACCUUUGAAGAAUCCAUCCAGUUUUGGAUUUAGGCUCAUCCUAAUACAGUCACUGCCAGUAUCAUAGGACAGCAGAAUUUCACGUCCGGGUAUGUGGUAGUGAAAUUCAGGAGCGGCCCUUUCUAAAAGUCAGUCUCAGCAAGAUCUUCUUCACAAGCUACCUGAUGAUGCAAUAACGUAAUGUUCCUAUACAUACUAUAGGGAGAAAAAUAUUUAAAUACUUGUAAAAGGGAUAUGGUUUAGAAGGUUAAUGUCAGUUUGUCCAGAUGUAUCCCAUCAAAGAAAACCUAGUGGCAGCAAUAAAUCUUCUGAAAUGACUUCUUAUACUCGUGUACCUUUAAAACAUCUAAAUAACUAAACAUAUGCCGUUAAGUUAAAAAUGGAAAUUUAGGCGAAUUCGAUAAAUUCAAACAUUUGAGUAUGUCUGUCAGGUUUUAGUUGGUAGGACCAAUGAAUUUUGCUACUUUUUCCAUCCAAAGCUAAUGUAACUGGAAUGAGUAUGCUGUGGCUUCGAAAUCAGGAAGAGAUCAGUUAUUUAGGGUCUGAAUGUUCUGGUUGGUUGGUUUUUUUGAGAACCUUGAUUCUUUGCCUUUGACUUUAUCGUUUCACUACUGAGAACUGCUCUGUCAGAGGAUGGAAGAAAAGGAAAAACUGAAAUCAGGUGAGUUCGUGUCAGUGGUAGGAGGAGGAAGUUAAAAACAAGGUUGCAAAAACAUCCAAAAUCAGUUUUUUGGAUUACCUGAAUUCUGUUAAAUCUGUGUUCUUUUCCUUGCCUUACCCUUGUCUACUUCUCUCUCCACCCGCACCUGUCACAUGGGUGUUUGAUAAUGAGGAUGCCCCUUUGCGAACAGCGUUGUCCUCUUACGCCGUUGUGCACGUUUGUCUUAACUCACAUCUUUCCGUAGAGUUUCAUAUAUCCUUAAUCUAAAGUAAUUUAAAAUCAGAAUGGGAGAACAAGUUUAAAAUUUAUUAUUUAUAUAGUCUCAUAGGCGGAACUUCUAAUGUUUGGUUGUAGGGAGAAUGUGAUAGCAGGUAAAUUAAUUGUAGGGCAACCAAACAUAUUACUUGUGUUUGGGAGAAAGAGAGCCUGAGAUUUGAGGGGGAAAAAAAGGUACAAGGUAUAAACAACUUUUAACUGCCAGUGCCAAAGGGCUAACUUUUAAGUGUAUGAGCUUUAUGCAGUCUUGAAAAAAUAUUGACCAUAGUCCACUCAGUUUUUAUUUACCCCUUAUUCCACAGGUGGUUGACUUUUUUAAAAAAUGGGUCUACUCCAAUAGAAUGGAUAGUAUUGUUUUCUAAAAUUACAUUCCAUAAUUACCUUGUUAUUCUGUAGAAAGCUCUGCAGAAGGUAAAUAAAUCAGAAUAACUUCAAUGGGAAUAUAAUUUAAAUUUUAAAAAAAUUUAAAUUUACUUCAAUUGCAGUAGAAAAAAAUUGGUGGCUUUGUAUAUUUCAGCAAAAGGAGCUAUUCUUUGGUUAUUCACUUUGUCAGUGUUAUUUUUACCUGUAAACAGUUUCUUCCUUGUGAUGAUAAAAACAUAAAUUUACUGUUUCGGAUCAUGACUAAGUCUCUAUUACUUGUCAUGGCUUUUGUGAGCGAUUAUUUUUUUUUAAAUACCUGUUUUGCUUCUUUGGCUAAUAUGGUAAGCAUGGAUGCCAAAAUUAUUUUUUAACUGGAUUCUUCAUCUUGUUUAAAAUAUUUCUUAUACUUGUGAUAAGCCAAAUCAGCCUUUUAGAAGGUGCUAUUGCUAACUGUGGAAUAACUGACAAGAAGAAAGCCUUUUUUUUUUUUUUUUCCUCCUCCUUCUUUUUAAUGGUUGGCUUUUACUGGAGGAAGGUAUUUAAAAAAUAGGAGUUUAUAGCCUUCUGUAUGUCCAAGAUUAGGACUGGGUUGUUAAAGAAAAACUGUCGCUACUGAAUUUACUAUUCUCAAGUCAUCAUUCCUUAAUACUUGGAAUUUUGAUGUCUCAAGACCAGUCCAGUGGAAGUGCUGAAUUUGCAUUAAAAAAGCUAAAAUACUUAACUUUGCACUUUAAGUUUCACUCUGUCUAAACUAAUGAUAAGCAGAGCAGCCCUGACCAAUAUUUUGUUUAUACAAUCCUGUUGAAGAAUAUAAUUUAUGUUUUUUAAAAGUCUUUAUUUUUCACCUCCGUUGAAGCUGUGUAAAUCUUUUUAAAAGGCAGUUUUUUAAAGUUUUGUUUUUCUAACAAAAUUCUCCCAAAAAAACAGCAUUUCCAAUGGUGAUAAAUAUUGUUACUGUGUACUUAUAUAUAUUCCCUGUAUCUGAACACUUGUUGCUGCCUCACAAGAAAAUAGAACUUUUAUGUUAAAAAUAAAGUCUGUUCUUCUUGA